CGGUGUCGCUGACUCGCCGGAGUGCCCCAGGGUGGGCGGAGGCAACCCCGCCGCAACCGCGCCUUCGCGAGUUGCUCUGCCUCUUCAAUCCACUCGCACCUGCAACCACUCUGAUACCAUGUCGAAAGCAGCCGGCGGCGCAGCGGCGGCGGGGACCGCAGCGGAAAGUUGUCCGCCGGCCUUGGCCGGCUCGACCGCGGCUGCAGCCGUGGAGGACCUGUCCAAGGUGUCGGACGAGGAGCUGCUGCAAUGGAGCAAGGAGGAGCUGAUCCGCAGCCUGCGGCGCGCAGAGGCGGAGAAGGUGAGCGCGAUGCUGGACCACAGCAACCUCAUCCGCGAGGUGAACCGCCGCUUGCAGCUGCACCUCGGCGAGAUCCGCGGGCUCAAGGACAUCAACCAGAAACUCCAGGAGGACAACCAGGAGCUGAGGGACCUCUGCUGCUUCUUGGAUGAUGACCGACAGAAAGGCAAGAGGGUGUCCCGUGAGUGGCAGAGACUGGGCCGCUACACGGCUGGGGUGAUGCACAAGGAAGUGGCCUUAUACCUGCAGAAGUUGAAGGAGCUGGAGGUGAAGCAGGAGGAGGUAGUGAAGGAGAACAUGGAGCUCAAGGAGCUCUGCGUGCUGCUGGACGAGGAGAAGGGCACGGGCUGCGCCGGCAGCCGCUGCUCCAUCGACAGCCAGGCCAGCCUGUGCCAGCUGGCCGCCUCCACUGCGCCCUCGGUGCGGGAUGUGGGUGAUGGCAGCAGCACGUCCAGUGCAGGCAGCACGGACAGCCCCGAUCACCACAAGCACCAUGCUAGCAGCGGCAGCCCUGAGCAUCUGCAGAAACCGCGGGGUGAGGGCAGCCCUGAGCACUCCAAGCACAGAAGCUCCAGCCCCGAGCACCUGCAGAAACCCAGGGCCCCUGGGACACCAGAUCACUCCAAAGCGCUAAAAGGACCUAGCCCUGAGCACCACAAACCCUUGUGCAAGGGCAGCCCAGAACAGCAAAGGCACCCGCACCCGGGUGGCAGCCCCGAGACGCUACCCAAGCACGUGCUGAGUGGGAGCCCAGAACACUUCCAGAAGCACAGGCCGGGGGGCAGUCCGGAACAUGCCCGACACAGCGGAGGGAGCCCUGAGCAUCUUCAGAAACACGCCCUUGGCGGAAGCCUGGAACAUCUACCUAGAGUCAGGGGUACCAGUCCUGAGCACCUCAAACAGCAUUAUGGGGGGAGCCCUGAUCACAAACACGGAGGAGGUGGCGGUGGCGGCGGCAGCAGGGAGGGCACCCUCAGACGGCAGUCACAGGAGGACGUGUCGCCCCAUCACCGGAAUGUCUACAGCGGCAUGAACGAAUCAACCUUGUCCUAUGUUAGGCAGCUGGAGGCCAGAGUAAGACAGCUGGAGGAAGAAAAUCGCAUGCUGCCCCAGGCCACCCAGAAUAGAAGGCAACCUCCAACUAAAAACAGCUCAAAUAUGGAGAAAGGCUGGGGGCCCAGAGCCCGGCGGGUCUUGCAGUGGUGGCAAGGGUGCCGAGGAAUAGGACGAUGCCUGCCCACUCUGCCGGGUUCUUUUAGGUUGUCAUCAGGGGCUGAUGGGAAUAACAGUUCGCCCAACUCUCCUGCUAGCUUCAGUGGACAUGCCACACCUUCUCAGCAGCCUGAACCUGUGGUACAUUCUCUUAAGGUCUUGGAUGUUGAGGAAACUGUAGAUCGCCAACAGGGUAAAGAGUGUGAACAUGACCUUAGUGAGACAGAAAAAGCUAUAGUCAGAGAAAUGUGCAAUGUUGUGUGGAGGAAACUUGGAGAUGCUGCAGGUUCCUGUCCUGGAAUUAGGCAACAUUUAUCAGGAAACCAGUAUAAAGGACCAAUGUGA